AUCAAAAUAUUAAGAAAAAUAAUACAAACAGUUUAAUUGUAGUGUAAUUGUGGAUUGUAUUACACAUUUAUUAUUAUAGAACACAAUAAAAAACUGAAACAAUUAUAAGUGUGACAAUUGUUUUGUGGAAUUUUUUGAAUUUUAAUUAAAUAUUUUCUGCAGAUCAUGUUAUUGUCCUUGACAAAUAUUUUACUACUUUUGGAACAUAGUAAAAAAGUUUAAAUACCUCAGUCCUUAACAUUAUUUUGUUUUUGACUGAUCGUGUGUUUGAUUGUUGGAUGCUGUUUGUGUUCAUGAUUUGAUCAAAUAUGGCAACAACAACUGUUGAUUAUGAAGGUGCUUUUGUCAAUCCAGCAUAUGUGCACUCCAGAUAUGCCUCGAACGCUUCCAUACCUGGAGAAUAUCGUAGAGCUGAUGAUGACAGUGGUGGUUCGACGGGGACGUCGUCGAAGAGAGAGUCGGUGAGGAGUAUGAAUAUUACAACAAUAGAAACGUUGGAGAGAAAUGGUACUGAUCUAAAUGGAAAUAAAUAUCCCGUUCAUAAUGAAGACCCAGAAAAUCCCAAUGAAGCCAAGCCACAACGUGAAAAUUGGGGUAAUGAAAUUGAGUUCUUAAUGUCCUGCAUAGCGCUAUCGGUGGGUCUGGGCAAUGUGUGGCGUUUUCCUUUUACCGCCUUGGAUAAUGGAGGCGGUGCAUUUGUGAUACCAUACAUAAUAGUAUUAUUUUUAGUGGGCAAACCAGUGUAUUAUAUGGAAAUGUUAUUGGGACAAUUUUCCAGCAGGGGCAGUGUGAAAGUCUAUGAUUUUGCACCGAUAAUGAGAGGAGUGGGUUAUGGUCAGGUGUUGGCUACGGGUGUGGUAACUACCUAUUAUGCCACCUUAAUGGCUUUAACAUUGCGUUAUUUUGUGGAUUCUUUCUAUCCCACAUUACCCUGGAGUUUUUGUCGUGAAGAAUGGGGCGAUACGUGUAUAGACUCAAAAUCAAAGGCUGAUGAUUUUAUGCAAUUAGCGGGGACAGAUGUUAAAACUACCUCAGCGGAAUUUUAUUUUAUCAAUAUAAUUUUACGUGAAAAGGAUACCAUUGACGAUGGCAUCGGCUAUCCCAGUUGGUCUUUGGCCAUAACUUUAGCUAUUUCCUGGUUAAUAAUAGCCUUAAUUGUGAUUAAGGGUGUUAAAAGUUCUGGCAAAGCUUCUUAUUUCCUGGCCAUUUUUCCCUAUUGUAUUAUGUUAAUUUUACUGGUGCGUUCCUUAACUUUGCCGGGAGCUUUUGAUGGUGUUUUGUAUUUCCUAAAGCCUCAAUGGGAUAAAUUACUGGACCCUAAGGUCUGGUAUGCAGCUGUCACCCAAGUGUUCUUUUCAUUAGCCAUUUGUUUUGGCAAUAUUGUCAUGUAUGCUUCAUAUAAUCGUUUUGGUCAUAACAUUAAAAGAGACUGCAACAUUAUCACUACCUUGGACACAUUUACAUCUUUAUUAUCGGGCAUUAUUAUCUUUGGUAUACUAGGAAAUUUGGCUUACGAAUCCAAUACCACCGACAUUAGAAGUGUGGUCAAGGGUGGUCCAGGUUUAGCGUUUAUAUCCUAUCCUGAUGCUAUAGCUAAAUUUAAGGUUGUGCCACAGAUAUUUUCAGUAUUAUUCUUUUUAAUGUUAUUUGUACUGGGCAUUGGCAGUAAUGUGGGCAUGGCUUCCUGUGUUAUGACCGUCAUUAAAGAUCGUUUUACCCACAUCAAACAAUGGAUUAUAGUUGUGUGUAUAGCAGUGACUUUCUACUGUUUGGGUCUAUUGUACAUUACGCCGGGUGGUCAGUAUAUCUUGAAUCUGUUGGACUUUUAUGGCGCCUCAUUUGUGGCUCUUGUGUUGGCCAUUUUUGAAUUAAUUGCUGUGGGUUGGAUAUAUGGUGUUAAACAAUUAUGCAAAGACAUACACUUUAUGUUGGGCAUCAAAACCUCAAUCUAUUACCGUUUGUGUUGGGGUAUUAUAACGCCGGCAUUUAUGGCUGCCAUUUUAAUUUACACUUUAGUGGAAUAUGAACCACUACAAUACAAUGGCUACACUUAUCAAGAUGGUGUAUAUAUUUUUGGCUGGUGUCUAUCCGCUUUUGGCAUUGGCCAACUGUUAUUCUGGGCUAUAUAUGCUGUGCACAAACGUCCAGGCAAUACUUUGUGGGAACGUUUUGUGAAUUCAUUUAAACCCACACCAGAUUGGGGACCUUUAGAUCCCACAGUUUUGAAAGUUUAUAAACUGUGUAUGGAUGACUCAAAAAUGGAGCUGAUGUUUAAAAAGAAUGGAUUUUGGCAUAGAAUUUAUGAUAAUAUAUUUGGUUGACUUAAACAAAUGCUUUUGUAAAUAAAUAAUUUAAAUAAAAAAACAAA